AUGGCGCCAGAACUGUUCUAUAAGAACAUCGGGCGCGUCUCAUACAAAGCUGAUGUUUAUAGCUUUGGGAUGUUGCUAUUGGAAAUGGCAGGCAGAAGGAAGAAUCUGAAGGUAUUGACAGAGAAUUCAAGCCAAAUUUACUGGCCAGAUUGGGUUCAUGACCAAGUCUCUAAUGAGAAGGCUAUAGAGAUUGGAGAUGGUGGCACGGAAGAGGAAGAAAAGAUAGUCAAGAAGAUGAUUAUUGCAGGGUUGUGGUGUAUACAAAUGAACCCUCUGAAUCGCCCUGUAAUGAACGAAGUUGUGGAGAUGCUUGAAGGAGAUAUGGAAAGCCUGCAACUUCCUCCGAAACCUGUUCUACAUCUAGAUGAUAAACCAAUGAGCACUUAUGGAGAGUCAUCUUCCAUGUCUGAUUAUUCUACUGAAUCAAUUAGCUUGAUUGAAAAUGCAUAUAAUUAA